CGCGUCAAAUAAACAUGGCGGAUGCGGAAGUGAGAAGCAACGUUCUAAACUUUGACGAUGUGGUCAAUAUUCUUUCCUAUUUGUCCCCUCAGGACCUCGUUAACGCUUCUAAGGUUUGCAGGCUUUGGAAUGAAGCUGCUAAUACCGCUAGUUUGUGGAAAAGACACUGUCUUCAACGCUGGUCCUUCUGCAACUUGAACAUCACUCCAGGCGAAAAAACUUGGAAUAGGUAUUACGUCACACGGUGCAAGAUCGACCAGGGGGCCGCUACUGGAAGACCAGGGUUGGAUUAUGUUUGUAAAACACUUCGCGGGCACAAGGGCAUAGUAAAUGAUGCUAUCUUUGUUACUACGAAUGACAUAUAUGACGAAAAUAUCAUCGACAAACAAGCAAGCCCUGUUGUUGCGAGUUGUGGUCGGGACAAGAUGGUAUCUCUGUGGAAUGCACACGAAGGAAAGAGUGUCUGGAAAAACUGUGAUGCACAUGAAACAUCUGUAUCAUCGCUCGCUCUCAUUAAACCAGAAACAUCCUUUGCAAGUGGCGAUCAGCAGGGUGUGGUCAAUAUCUGGGACGUUACGACAGGACAAAACAUCAAACUACAAGAAACACACAGUAGCGAAGUGACUAGAUUAUGCUGUGGGCCUGAUGUAUUUGGAUCAAGCAAAGAAGUCACUGGCCAGUCACUACUCUAUGUAGCAUCACGCUCAGGAUCAGUUAAAUUAUGGGAUAUCCGUGACACCACUAAGGCGCAGCAUGUAAUAGACACAUCUAUCCAUAAUCUAACCAUGAUGAAGCUGAAAGGAAGCUAUACAUUAGUUCUGUCUGGUAAGGGAUCUCUAUUUCAGGAUAUGCAGGCUAUUAAAGUUUAUGAUAUCCGAAAUCUUGCUACUAACAGCUUCAGAGGUCCAGAUAUUUUCUCUUUAGAUUCCCCACUUGAUAAUAUUACGACCAUGUCAUGGAUCCCCAGUCAUCCCAACCAGUUAGUGGCAGGUUAUACAAGUGGAUCCAUAAGGAUAUGGGAUAUUACUAAUGGACAGACCAUCAACACUUUCAAACCCCAUUUGGGAGCUGUCACUGCAUUAUCAGCUGUUGGUUCCAAGCUGAUAUCAGCUGGGAAAGAAUGUUGUCUGCACCUGUGGCACCUUGAGAAAAACAAGAGUAUAGAUUCUUUCAUGGAUCAUAACUCUGAAAUCACUGAUGUGUAUGCUGAUGCAUUCAAGGUCAUGUCUUGUUCCAGGGAUUUCUCCAUUAGGGUGUAUUCUUGGGUGGACAAAACCGAUGGUGAAGGAAAGUGUGUUCGUUCACUAGAUAGUCGAUACACUUUGCUCGGGGGGUCACUGCAGAGGGCUGGUAAUGGCUUUGAGAAAAUUAUCUGUGAUUAUACCACUUGUGUAGGCAUGGCAAAUGAUGUACUGAAGGCAUACUCAUUCCAAGUGUAAUUAGACCCAGCAGUAAAUAAAAUCCAGUGCAUUUUAAAUUUGAAGAGGUACGCAGACUACUAUGCAUGUGGGAUUCCCCAAGAAUCUCUGGAAAACAUAACCAAGGCACAGUAAUAAAAAGAUAUAACUAGCUAAAAACUAGUGUGAGCUGCGUGUUAACUGAAUGUUAAAUCUGAAGAGCCUAUUUAAUAAACCGCCCUUUUGAAUCA